CCGAGGAGCCGUCUCCGGUGCGAGCUGGGGUUUUAGCGGCCGGCGAGAGAGGAAGAUGAGCCGGGGCCUGGGGAUUCCGGUGAAGCUGCUGCACGAGGCGGAGGGGCACGUGGUGACGGUGGAGCUCAAGACCGGCGAGGUGUACCGCGGCUCCAUGCUCGACUGCGAGGACAACUGGAACUGCCAGCUCCACAACCCCACAUUCACCGCCAAGGAUGGGAGGGUGACCCAGCUGGAGCACGUCUUCAUCAGAGGAGUAAGAGUCAGGUUCAUCAUUAUACCAGAUAUGCUCAGGAAGGCCAAGAUGUUCGAGCGCCUGGAACCAGGGAAGAAGGGCAAAGGAUCGGCUUUUGGAGUUGGCCGUGGGCGGGCGGUUGCGAUGCGUGCGCGGGCUGCUGGUGGCCGAGGUGGUGGCCCUGUUGGAAGGGGAGGCGCGCCUCCUGUGAGGACGUAGAUUUCUCUGGUUUUAUCUGGCCAAGGAGUUUGUUGUCUUCAAUAUCAACAUGUUGUUCGCUAGUGAAAAGUUCUAGUUGUCUCAUGUUUUCCAUUCGUCUGCAUAAAGAAUGAACAUGUAGGUCUGUUGGUGUUGGUGUGAUACUGUGAUGUAUCGAUGUUAGAUAUGGUAGGUUUGAUUGUGAGAUAUAGAAAGUGGAACAUUGUCUUCACGUCCCUGAUUUGUAUGACUAGAAGUUUCAAAACAUAUUACUUUUUCUAUCCUCAAGAGAA